AUGGCGGAAUUAUAUCCAGAUGACUUUGAUGAAUCUAAUAUGAAUGCUCUUAGGAAUCAACUUGCAAGUUAUAUUGUUGAUGUUCGUGAUGUUGAUGAAAGGUUCUCCGAUAUAAAUGGGCUUUGUGAUCUUUCCAAAAGAUUAGUUCAGACAAAGAAAUAUUUUACUUAUUCUUUGGUAUUCCGUUUAGUGAAACUUGCUCUACUUCUACCAGUUGUCACUGCCUCCGUUGAAAGAGUUUUUUCGGCAAUGAAGUUUAUUAAGAAUGACUUGCGGAGCCAAAUGAGUGAUGAUUUUUUUAGUGGUUGUUUGGUGCCUUAUUUAGAAAAAGAUGUAUUUGAUAGUAUUUCUAAUGAUGCUAUUAUUAAGACAUUUCAAGAUAUGAAACCUCGUAGAAUACAAUUGUAA